AUGUCAGAAUCACAACCAAUGAUGGAUAUAGCUUCACCAGGAUCAACUGGUAAAGAAAAGAAAACACCAAAAGCUAAAGAGAAUAAAGAAAAGAAAACAACUACACCUAAAGAACCAAAAGUAACAAAAACUAAAGAACCAAAACAACCAAAAGAACCAAAACAAACUAAAGAACCAAAACAACCAAAACAAUCAAAAGAAUCAAAAGAACCAAAGGUAUCAAAAGAAAAGAAAACACCUGCAACUCCUAAAGAACCAAAAGAUCAAAAAGAUACAAAAGAACAAAAACCAAAGAAAUUAACAAAGAAACAAUUAGCAGCACAACAAUCAGUUACAACAGUUGCACCUCCAUUAGGUACACCACCACCACCAACAACAGCAACCACAACCACCACAACAGCAACAACCUCAACAUCAUCUACAUCAACAUCUAAUAGUCAACCAAGUACACCAAGUAUUUUAGAUUUACCAUCACCUUCACAAUCAACAAAGAAACAACGUAUAUCAACACCUUCAACAGCAUCGGCUAAUAAAAAACCAACAGUAAAUAAAACUUCAAAAAAAAUAGAACAAUCUGAAGAUGAUGAAAGUGCUGAUAACGAUGAUGAUGAAGAUGAGGAUGAUGAUGACGAUGAUAAUAAUUCAAAAAAUAAAAAGAAAAAUAACAAUAAUAAUAAUGAUGAAGAAGAUGAGGAUGAAGAUGAAGAUGAAGAAAGUGAAAGUGAUUCAGAUUUUGAAAAAAGUAAUAGAAAAAGAAAAAAAAUAUUUCAAAAAAAUAAAAAUAGAGGUAGAUUACAAUCAGACGAUGACGAUGAAGAUGGAAGUGGUAGUGGUAGUGAUGAAGAUUCUGAUGAAGACUCUGAUGAUUCGGAUUCUGACGAAUCGGAUUCAGAUGAUUCUGACUCUGAUUCUGAUUCUGAUUCUGACUCUGAUUCAGACUCUGAUUCAUCAGAAGGUGAGGGUAAUGAUGAUGACGAUGAUGAAUCAACAUUCAAUCUUUCAGAAAUGCAAGUUAGAGAGAAUACUCAAAUGAAUACAUUGAUUAAACAUUUUUCAGAAGAUCAACAAACUAGAUUCGAAUAUUAUAAAAGAUCAUCAUUUCAACGUGCAAAUAUUAAAAAAGUUAUGCAAUCAGUUUUAUCUGCACCUGUAAAUCAAACCUCUGCAAUUGUUAUGGGUGGUAUUGCAAAGGUUUUCGUUGGUGAAAUAGUUGAAUUGGCAAGAUCAAUCAUGGAAGAAUGGAGAGAAACUGGACCAAUUCGUCCAAGACAUAUUAGAGAAGCUUAUAGAAGAUUAAAAGAAUCAAAUUCAAUACCAUAUUAUAAAAAAUCUGUACCAAAAUCUAUGAAAUAA